AAAAAAAAAAAAAAAAAGAUUCAAGUUUCAGUCCUUCAGCAUUUUAUCUAAAUGAAUACAACAGUAAACAAACACUCCACAUCAGUGGAGAAGCAGCCUAAGGUAGUGGUUAAUAAGUUUCUAGGGCCAGACAGCCUGGAUCUGAAUCCUAGCUCUGACACAAGCUGUGUGAUCUUGCACAAGUUACUUGACCUCUCUGUGCUUUAAUUCCCACAUCUUCAAACUUCAGAUAAUGUAACUUAGGUCAUAAAUUUUUAUGAUAACUAAAUGAAUGACCAGUUAUAAAGCUUCUAAAACUGAGCCUGGAAUAUAGAAAGUAGUAUAUAAUAUUUAUAUUUUUUAAUUAUCUUCAAUUAUAUAUAGUUUUACAAAAAUGAUGUCACAUUAUAUACACUAUAUUAGAGCUUGUAUUUUUCCAAUAUGAUUAUAGCCCUUGAGGACAAUCUGCUUCUUCAUGAUUUUCUUGUGUGUUGGGAUCUUUGAAAGUGUCCAAUAAAUACCAGUCCAACCCCAAUCCAUCAUGACUAUGAAUCAACUGAAAAAUAAGUCAGAGAAGUAUGACACACAGAAUCCAAAAUAUCAUUCUUAGCACUGAACAAGUGGACAUGAGGGAAUGUGGCCGAUUUCCAUUGGCAAGCAGGCUUUCUUAGAGUUAACCUCCAGAUAGACUUCCCACCUAGUCAUGGCACCUUCUCCUCCUGGAGUGAGCGAGAGUAUGAAAAGGAAAGAUAUGCUAUGCUCACAGAAUUCCAUCUAUAUAGAAGGAAAUAAUAAAAAUGAGGGAUAAUAAUAAUUAUCCUUUUCCCUUUUUCUCCCUCUAUCAUGGAAAAGUUUUCCUUCUGAGUUUAGUGUACUAUUUUUACUCCAGCAAAGCAGGUAAGGUAAUUAAGACUUUGUAUCUUGAAUUUGGGCAUUCUCCCCACACAUAACUUAAAUAAGAAACCUGGAUAUACCUUGCUGAGUGAAGAUUUGGUGAGAAUGGCUGUGUUUACCUGAUACAAAAGUAGUUGGUUAAAAAUCAGUUGAUUUGAUGACAAAAUCUCCUUUGGUGUCACAUAGAAAUCACAGGAUCUGCAUAUGUAAUGUUGAGAGCUGGCCAAUUAUAUGAACUAGUUAAAUCCCCUGAAUCUUGUGUUUUUGGGAAUAAGAAGAGCAUUAAGGAUUGAAGGUAUAAUAUCUAAUAACAUCCAUCUAAUAUCUAUAACAUCCAUCCAAUCUGAGUGUUGAUUGUGUGCUAGCAUCAUAUUACACAUUUACUAUGUAUUAUCGUAUUUAAUUUUACUGCAACUGGUGGUGGUUGUGUUGGUCAUUUGUGUUGGUCCUUCCCAUCUUCUGAUCCUUUCUGUCCUCCAUGGGACUGACUUCAGAGAACUAUCAUUCACAGGUUCCCUUGCUUCAGAUUUUCAGUUAGGUAGUCACUGGGAGGUAUUGGUGAGAGACUGGGGUGGCAGAGGGGAAAAGCCAUUUCUCCUGCUCUCUGCUCGAAGCAGUGCCUCUGGCAGUGGCUGUGCAUCCCGACAGGCCAGCUCUUGUAGUCCAGCCCUUUUCCCUUUCUGUUCGUCUCAGGAGUGGGAGAGACUUGCCACUGACAUCAGUCUCUGGGUUUGCUCACUCUCUGCCCAGUUAGGCCUUUGACUCUUUAGAACUAGUUUCCCAUAAUUACUUCUUCUAUUGAAAUACCCGUCAUAGAUUCUAUUUUCUUGUCUGAACCUUGACAUAUAUAAACAUAGAGAAGAUCUUCAUGGUACAGGUAGAUGAAGUGACUUGUGCAAAAAUCACACAGCAAGUUUAAAAACAGCCUUUCAAACCAGGAGUGCUUCCUUUCAAAGUUCAAGUACUUUAACUCCUAUGCUCCGUCUAAAUGAUAUUCUGAAUGAAUAUCCGAAUAAACAGUCUUCAUGAAUUGCUUCCUUUUAUUACUUAGCUCAAAUUGCAAAAUGGCACUAACCAGCUAUUAUUAGCACUGAAUUGUCUUUCUCUCCUAUUAGCCAGUGAGACUGCUUGAGAGCAGAGCACAUAUGUUAUUCAUCUUUGUAUUCCUAGAACCAACUACUGUGCUUGGAAUGUGGUAGAGCCUUAACAAAUAUUUGUGGAAUGAGUGAAUAAUAAUCACGGUCAAUUACAGAGUGACUAUUUCAUUCCAGCAUGGAUGCUAGGGGUGUUAUGUAAAUUUUAUAACUCAAUCUUCAUAACCAUUCGGCAAGGUAGGCAUAAAUAUUCCAACAUCAUAGAUGAGGAAAAAUAAGCUCAGAAUUUAAAAAAUGCACAACUAAACUAGAGUUAAAUCCAGGCUAACUGGGCUUUAAAGUCUGACCUUUUCACUCUAUCUAGCUGCCUCCCUAUAUUCCUUAAUGUGAAGGAAUGAAUACAUAAAUAAUUGUGUUGGGGAAAAAUUGAAACAUCUUACUGCAUUUUUAGUUAUUACAGGAGCUUCCUAAACAGAUAAAGCCUUAUCUCUAUGAGAAAAAGGAAGAGUUUAGCAUUUCUUUGCCAUCAUUAAAUGAAGGAACGAGUUUUUGUAUCUAAAACUAUGCCUAUGCAGGCAGAAGGAAGAGAAAUUGGGAUAAUAAUCUGAAAAAUGAAACAAUUUAAAUUGCAAAUUUGAAAAACACUGGCUACUCCCAUAAUUAUCUAAUCAUUCUCUGGAGUUACUUGGCAUGAGAUGUAACACUGAUGAUAUUCAGAACCAGCUCUCCUGAAGACUUAGAAGUCAGGUUUUAACUCUGCUUUUCAUGUUUUCAUCUAUUUUCCAGAGCUAGGAAGUUCUGUGAAUCGGCAGUGCCCUAGAGAAUGUUUCCCUUCCUGAGACUCCAGGGAAGUCUUGGAACGCAAAGAACUUGAAGAGGGCACCUGGCCAAACAGAGAUUUUUGAGACUUGAAUAGAACUAAGAAAUAUCAAGAUUUAAAACAUACAUACCUUGGAAGACUCAGAAGGAGCAACAUGGGAGAAACUGAGAAAACCAUUGAAACUCAUAGAAUAAGAUGUCUCUCCAAGUUGAAGAUGUUUCUGUUGGCAAUAACAUGUGCAUAUGUAGCCAAAACACAAUCUGGAUCUUAUAUGAAUUCCAUGCUCACACAAAUAGAGAGACAAUUCAAUAUCCCGACAUCUCUAGUUGGAUUUAUUAACGGAAGCUUUGAGAUUGGAAAUCUUUUAUUGAUUAUAUUUGUGAGUUAUUUUGGAACUAAACUGCAUAGACCUAUAAUGAUUGGGGUUGGAUGUUUGAUUAUGGGCCUAGGGUGUUUCUUACAAUCACUACCUCAUUUCCUCAUGAACCGAUAUGAAUAUGAAUCUACAGUUUCAGUUUCAGGCAAUUUGUCCUCAAACAGUUUCUUGUGUAUGGAAAAUGGAACCCAGAUUUUCAAACCAACAGAAGAUCCAUCAGAGUGUGUGAAGGAAGUUAAAUCAUUAAUGUGGGUGUAUGUACUAGUUGGAAAUAUUAUACGUGGAAUUGGUGAAACUCCCAUCAUGCCUCUAGGUAUUUCCUACAUAGAAGAUUUUGCCAAAUCUGAAAACUCUCCUUUAUAUAUUGGGUUUAUCGAAACAGGAGCUAUCAUUGGUCCAUUGAUUGGACUUUCGUUAGCGUCAUUCUGUGCAAAUAUUUAUGUUGACACUGGAUCGGUGAACACAGAUGAUCUGACCAUAACUCCCACUGAUACUCGUUGGGUUGGUGCAUGGUGGUUUGGCUUUUUGGUUUGUGCAGGAGUGAAUGUGCUCACUGCCAUUCCUUUUUUCUUUUUGCCCAAAACGCUUCCAAAGGAAGGACUGGAGGAUAAUGCUGAGACCAUUACAAACGUCAAGGAAGAGAAACAAAGAGAAGGCAACAAGAAAAGGGAUAGAAUCACUAAAGAUUUUUUGCCGUUCAUGAAAAGUCUUUUAUGCAACCCGAUUUACAUGCUUUUCAUACUAAUAAGUGUGCUACAGUUCAAUGCAUUUGCCAGUAUGUUCUCCUUCAUGCCUAAAUAUCUGGAACAGCACUAUGGAAAAUCCACUUCAGAUGCAAUCUUUCUCAUUGGUAUUUAUAACUUACCUCCAAUAUGCAUUGGAUAUAUAGUUGGCGGCUUAAUUAUGAAGAAAUUCAAGAUUACUGUCAAACAAGCUGCCCAUAUAGGAUGUUGGUUUUCCUUAACUGAGUAUCUUCUCUAUUUUUCGUGUUUUUUCAUGAUCUGUGAUAAUUCUUCAGUUGCUGGAAUAACUGCCUCUUAUAAAGGAAUGCAACAAGAUUUACAUGUGGGAAAUAUUCAUGCUGACUGCAACAAAGAUUGCAACUGUCCAUCUAAAAUAUGGGAUCCUGUAUGUGGAAACAAUGGCUUGUCAUACAUGUCAGCCUGUCUUGCUGGUUGUGAGGCAUCCUCUGGAACAGGAAUAAACAUGGUAUUCCAAAAUUGUAGCUGCAUUCAAACACCAGGAAAUUCAUCUGCAGUUCUUGGAUUAUGUGACAAAGGACGGGACUGUUCUAUGAUGCUCCAAUACUUUUUAAUCUUGUCAGUGAUCAGCAGUUUCAUCUAUUCCUUAUCUGCCAUACCUGGGUAUAUGGUACUCCUGAGGAGCAUUAAGCCUGAAGAGAAGUCUCUUGGUGUGGGAUUACAUGCAUUUUGCACAAGAGUUUUCGCGGGAAUUCCUGCACCUAUAUAUUUUGGUGCUUUAGUGGACUCCACAUGUUUACACUGGGGAACUUUGAAAUGUGGUGAGUCAGGGGCAUGCAGGAUAUAUGAUUCCACCAACUUCAGAUACAUCUACCUUGGAUUGCCAGCAGCACUAAGAGGAUCAAGUUAUAUUCCAGCCUUUUUGAUCCUAAUUAUUUUGAGGAAGUAUCAUCUCCCUAAGGAAAAUGCCUCUUCAGAAACUACGCUUGAGGCAAAGUUUACAGAGAAGGAAAAUGAGGGCAAAGAGAUGGACCAAAAUUCCAAAGUUCUGAAUAAUGAGGAAUUGAAAACUAAACUGUAAUAUACUUCAUGCUUCCCAGACUGGAGGGCAUACUACAACAUAAUUUUUGUUUGUUUAAAUCAGUAGAGGUAUUGCGGGUAACUUUUCCUUGUCUUUAAGACCCUCAAAUUUUUUUUUUUUUUUAAACUCAAGUUAAAAAAAUGCUCACUGAUGGUCUUUCUGAGGGAACAGUGACGCUUGAGAUUUUCCUCAGAGCGACUUUUAUCACAACCUUCAAAAUAGGACAUAAAAACCAACUUUACUUUUAUGUUAAAACAGCAAUUUCUCUCUUAACUCAUGCAAUAUAAAUUUAUAUUUUCCAUAUCUCCAUUUCCAAGUGAUUCUAAGAAUUUCCUAUUAUGAAAAUCUGUUUAACUCCAUUGAAUUUCUGCUUUGGUAUCAGGAUUAUUUAGAGACUGAAAUUCCUGUCUUAGGUGAAUAUUGAAGCAUUUUAUUUAAAAUGAUCAAGUGAAAGAAGCUGAAAUCUUUUAAUUCUAUUUUCAGUUAAAUAAUUGUUCUUUUACUUUCCCUUUUCACUCCAGACAUGAUUUUUUAAAAAAAUAGAUUAGGUAGUAAUGUGCUACCACCUGCUUUCAAUUAAUCCUCUACUUUAUUACUGACAUCAUGGAUCUGCUCAUUUUGUUGAGAUUUCUGACAAGCUUAAAUGGGUAAUUAAAAAUUAUGUAGCAAAGUUUGUUGGAAUUUUUUUUUUUUUUUAGCAAUUCAAACCUGAUACUAAACUCUCUUAAAAACAAAUGUCUAAGUCAGAGGAUGAAAGGACAAGAUCAGAAAAACACUAAUCCUUAAAGGCUGUUCAUAGUGCCAGCUGUUGUCCAAAGAAAUCAUUUUCCUGGAUACAAGAGGCCUCCUCAGUCAGAUGAUCAUGUCAUACAUAGUGUCUUGAGUUAGACCACAAACCCCAAUUGUCCAUAUAUUGUCUUAGAGAAAAAGGACGCUUUUAAAAGGUAGCUUCUGUUAUGGAACUGGGGUUAGUCAAAUUCAAGCUGCACAUUUAAAACUAAAUCUACUCAUCAUUAUUUAGUACCUGAGGGAUACGAUAAAGGUGUGAACGGAUUUUAGAGAUGCGAGAGGUCUUCUGGACUCUAUGGAGUUUCUUGUGCAAGAGAGAAGAAUGAACAAUAUGUUUACUCCUUAUUCUUCCUCCCACUGAAAGGACAGUCAGCGUAGGUAUAAUGAUAGAACUUCCUUAUUGGUGAGGAGACUGCAGGGAGGGAGGACUGGAGAGGUGGGUGUCAAUAUAUUCUGGUUGUUUAUGUGUCAUAUGAAGGGAAUGGGAGUGUCUCUAGGGACAGAACAGGGUGGAAGAAGCUGUCAUCCAGGAUGAUCUUAGAAGGAGACUGGAAUGUAGGUAGGAGACUGAGUUGAAAGUUAAAAGAACACGAGUUAGAAAAUAGGCCACAAGCUGGACACGAGACAGGCAGUUCAUGGAAGAAUUGUGUAUGUGUAUUUUGCGGAGCAAUGUAAUUUCCUGAAAAUUGGAUGUGCCACUUAAGAAGAAAGCAGUGGAGGAGUUCCUGUUGUGGCUCAGCAGAAAUGAACCCAACUAGCAUCCAUGAGGAUGUGAGUUUGAUCCUUGACUUCGCUCAGUAGGUUAAGGAUCUGGCGUUGCCAUGAGCUGCAGUGUAGGUCACAGUUUUGGCUUAGAUCCCUUGUGGCUGUGGUUGUGGUGCAGGCUGGCAACUGCAUCUCCUAUUUGACCCCUAGCCUGGAAAUUUCCAUGUGCAGCAGGUGUGGCCCUAAAAAGAAAAAAGAAAGCAAGCAGCAGAGAGGAGAAUGACAUGGUAGAAUAUAGAACUGGUUUGGGGGUAGCAUGAAGAGUUAAAUUUUAGACUCAUGAUGAAUUUUGAGGCUUUGUCUCUGGGUGUAUUAAAAAUAAUCAUGGGCGUUCUCAUUAUGGCUCAGUGGAAAGGAAUCCAACUAGGAAUCAUGAGGUUGUGGGUUCAAUCCCUGGCCUUGCUCAGCGAGUUAAGGAUCCGUUGUUGCCUGAGCUGUGGUGUAGGUUGCAGACACGGCUCAGAUCCUCCAUUGCUGUGGCUGUGAUGGGGGCCAGCAGCUACAACUCCGAUUAGACUCCUAGGCUGGGAACCUCCAUAUGCUGUGGGUGAGGGCCUAAAAAGAAAAAAAAUUUAAAAAAACCAAACAAACCAUGAUUCAAGACCAAAUUUAUUUCCGAAAUCCAGAGACAAAGCUUUCUGGGAAGACAUUUUACCCUUUCUCUCCCUUCCUGAACUAUGGAUAUUAGGCCUCAAGGGGCACCAAGCACCAAGAGGCAAGAAGCGCAGGGAGAAAGGAUGACACUGUGAAGCCGGGACUGCAGGAUGACAGGGAAGAGCCUAUGUAUCUGAUUCCACACUGAGUACACUCAACAGUGGGGAUGCGGGGGGCGGGGGGGGGGAGCUUGUAAGCUUAGCAAUUUUGAAAGGGCUAUUAAAAAAAUUCAAAAUGUAUAUAACACGAGGUUAAAAGUGAAUAUUUACUUAGAAUGGGAAAAAAUCACAUCGAAUUCCAUGUACUAUGCUUCAGGAUAUGAUCAUGAUUAAAAAAAAAACCCUACUGCAAACUUUAUAGUUAAACAGGAAAUAUUAAAAGCUUUCCUGCUGAUGUUGGGAGUGAGAAGAAAAUGGCUGCUAUCACCAUUUCUAUCCAACAGAAUGUCCUAGCCAGAGAAAUGGGAAGAAAAAGAGUUAAAAUUUUAAGCAUGAGAAAAGAGAAAAAAAAAAAAAAA